AUGAGUUGUAACCUGCUCUGUGCUGUGAGCAGCCGCAUAACAAGCAUUUUACCUCUGGCGAGCGUUCUGCAAACAUCUGACAGCUCGCCUGAGCUGCUAGUCUCACUGUGGCUCGACUUAAAAGUUAAUCUGACAUUUCUCAGGACCUGUGAAGGAGCCUCAGAGCACACUGCUGCUAUUAACACUUUUCUUCUUUUCUUGGUGGUUGAGGAUUAAAGUUCCUGCACAGACCACAUUAUGAAUCUGAUGAGUGGGGUCAUAGUUUGCCUCAGUGUUUUUGGGGCUGUGAAGUUGCUAUCCCUCCCCUGGCUCUGCAGCCUGUUGGCAGGGCUGGGGCUCUGUAUGGCCUGGAGAGGUUCCUGGAAGUUCAUUUAUGUAGCUCUACACACCAUCAAAAGAGACCUAAUGUGUCUGGUCGUUAUAUUGCGAGUGAGGUUGUCUAUGUACCGUAACCUGCGAAAUAGAAGCACUAUCCCUGCCCUGUUUGCCCAGACGGUGACAAGGCACCCAGACAAACCUGCCUUGAUCUAUGAGGCCACAGGGGAGGUUUGGAGUUUCAGGGAGCUACAGGAGCGAUGUCAUGCUGUGGCUCACUGGGGGUUGACACAAGGCUGGGCUGAGGGCGAUGUGGUGGCCUUGUACAUGGAAAGCCAGCCUUUACUUGUGGCUCUGUGGUUGGGUUUCGCUAUGAUCGGCGUCGAGGCUGCCCUCAUCAACUAUAACCUUCGACAGCACUCACUGCUGCACUGUGUCAGUGUGUCUGGUGCUCGGGCCAUGGUGUUUGGGACUGAGUUGACUGAAGCUGUGUCAGAGGUGAGCAGCUCUCUGGAGCCCAGCAUGACUUUUUUCAGCAGCGGUGAGCAGGAGGAUGAGGUGAAGCUCCGUAGCCUCCAUGUCCAGAGCCUGGACGCUCUGCUGGCCAGCUCACCCAAGCACCGGACAAACCACACACUCAGGAAAGAAUUUAACGACAGACUCUUUUACAUCUACACUUCUGGUACGACGGGAAUGCCGAAGGCAGCUGUAGUGGUGCACAGUCGGUAUUUUCGCAUUGCUGCCUUUGGUUUCCAUUCAUUUGGUCUGAGAAGUGAUGACAUAAUUUACAACUGUCUUCCCCUGUAUCACUCUGCAGGUACCAUCAUGGGUGUAGGCCAGUGUUUGCUCUUUGGUUCGACUAUUGUAAUCAGGAGGAAGUUCUCAGCCAGUCGCUUCUGGGAUGACUGUGUUAAACACAACUGCACAGUAAUCCAGUACAUAGGUGAAAUCUGCCGUUACCUCUUAUCCCAGCCAGUGCGUCCAUCUGAGGCACAUCACCGGGUCCGUGUUGCCUUUGGUAACGGCCUCCGUCCCUCCGUGUGGGAAGAGUUUGUUCAGAGAUUCAGGAUCAGAAAAGUUGGGGAAUUUUACGGUGCCACUGAGUGCAACUGCAGCCUGAUCAACAUAGAUGGAAAGGUGGGAGCGUGCGGUUUCAACAGCCGCAUACUGCCCAGCUUUUACCCCAUCAGACUGGUUAGGGUGCAGGAAGAGAACGGAGAGCUGCUCAGGGAUUCACAGGGACUCUGUAUACCCUGUCUGCCUGGUGAACCGGGUAUGUUAGUGGGACGUAUCAACCUCACUGAUCCACUGAGAAGAUUUGAUGGAUACAUAGAUCAGGAUUCCACCAAUCGGAAAAUAGCUCACAAUGUCUUCAAAAUGGGAGACUCUGCUUAUAUCUCAGGUGAUGUGCUGGUGAUGGAUGAAUAUGGCUACAUGUAUUUCAGAGACCGCAACGGCGACACCUUUCGUUGGCGAGGGGAGAAUGUUUCCACCACAGAGGUGGAGGGAGUCCUCAGUGGCCUGCUGGGACACACUGAUGUAGCUGUCUAUGGAGUUUCUGUACCAGGUGUGGAGGGAAAGGCUGGUAUGGCAGCAAUAGCUCAUGCAGGAGGUCAGUUUGACCUCAAUGCUUUUUUGAUUGCUACACAGAAAGCCCUGCCCUCCUACGCACGCCCCGUCUUCCUUCGACUCAUGCCAUCUGUUGACACUACAGGUACAUUCAAAAUUCAGAAGAUGCGUCUACAGAGGGAAGGAUUCAAGCUACAAGAUUCGAGUGAAAAUAUUUAUUUCCUGAACAGUCGUGCUGGGUGUUACGAGGCUGUUACUGAUGAACUGCAUAAUGCCAUCAUGGAGGGGAAAGUGUGUCUAUGAGAUAGGAGGCUAAGGAAGAUACAGACUGCUGAAGAGGAUAGUAUGUGUAUUUCAAUGGAAAAAGAGAAUGAAAGAAAAUACACAGAUGUAUUCGAGGGAUUUAGUAACAACUACAUCCCUAUAAAUACUGAUGAUAGCGGAUAAAUGAAUGUGUUGCUGUUUUUUUGCUGUAAAAUAAAUACAUUUUUUCACACACUGACUGUA